AGUCGGAACCUGCCGCGUCCGCGACCCGGACACCGCGCGCGCUGCCCACCUGCCUGCCCACCUGCUCAGGCGCCACCGCUCUCUCCUGCCCCGGCCCCGGGUCCCGCAGGCCACCGUGUCGUUGGGCACAGCGUAGAAGACCCUGCCACCUCAAAGCAGCUGACAGCGAUACAAACACUCAACUGUGGACCGUCUAGUUGGGAGAAUCCUCUCCCUCUCUGAGAAAGAAAGAUGUCGAAUGGGUUCUCUGCAGACAAGAACUUUCGCUAUCUCAUCUCUUGCUUCAGGGUCAGAUUGAAAAGUUACAUCCAGGUAGAGCCUGUCCUGGACUACUUGACCUUUCUGACUAAUGAAGUGAAGGAGCAGAUUCGCAGGACCGUGGCCACUUCUGGUAACAUGCGCGCAGUUGAAUUGCUCCUGAACACCUUGGAGAAGGAAGUCUGGUCCCCUGGCUGGACUCGGGAAUUUGUGGUGGCCCUCCAGAGAACCGGCAACACCUUAGCGGCCCGUUAUGUGAACCCGGAUCUCACAGACUUGCCCUCCCCAUCUUUUGAGAAGGCUCAUGAUGAAUGUCUCCAACUGCUGAACCUCCUUCAGCCCACUCUGGUGGACAAGCUUCUGGUUAAAGAUGUCUUGGAUAAAUGCAUGGAGAAGGAACUGUUGACACUUGAAGACAGAAAUCGGAUUACUGCUGCAGAAAAUAAUGCAAAUGAAUCAGGUGUAAGAGAGUUGCUCAGCAGGAUUGUGCAGAAAGAAAACUGGUUUUCUACAUUUCUGAACAUUCUUCGAGAAACAGGAAAUAACAGACUUGCCCAGGAGUUAACAGGUGUUGCUUGCUCAGAAAGCAAUGCAGAGAUUGAGAAUUCACCCCACGAAGAUGGUUCUGAAGUAAAUGAGUUGCAUCUUUCAGCCACAGAUCAGCCAAGCCUAGACAAAGAGGGCCAGAACAUGGAGGAUAUUACAUCAGAGUCAUCUUUUGCAGAUUCUUCUAUGGUUUCAGAAAUUGGGAAGUCAUGCCAUGAAGAUGGUUCUGAAGUCAAUGAGUCACUUCUUUCAGCCACAGAUCAGCCAAGCCUAUGGAAAGAAGGCCAGGACAUGGAGAAUAAUACAUCAGAAUCAUCUUUUGCAGAUUCUUCUAUGGUUUCAGAAUCAGACACAAGUUUGGCAGAAGGAAGUGUCAGCUGCUUAGAUGAAAGCCUUGGACAUAACAGCAACAUGGGCAGUGAUUCAGGCACCAUGGGAAGUGAUUCAGAUGAAGAGGAGUUUGCAGAAAGAGCAUCCCCUGAGCCAGAACUGAAGCUCAGGCCUUACCAAAUGGAAGUUGCCCAACCAGCCUUGGAAGGGAAGAAUAUUAUCAUAUGCCUUCCCACAGGAAGUGGGAAAACCAGAGUGGCUGUUUACAUUGCCAGAGAUCACUUGGACAAAAAGAAACAAGCAUUUGAGCCUGGAAAAGUUAUAGUUCUUGUCAAUAAGGUAAUUUUAGCUGAACAGCUCUUCCUCAAAGAGUUCAAACCAUUUUUGAAGAAAUGGUAUCAUGUUAUUGGGUUAAGUGGUGAUACCCAACUGAAAAUAUCUUUUCCAGAAGUUGUCAAAUCCUAUGAUGUUAUUAUCAGUACAGCUCAAAUCCUUGAAAACUCCCUCUUAAAUUCAGAAAGUGGAGAAGAUGCUGGUGUCAGUUUGUCAGACUUCUCCCUCAUUAUUAUUGAUGAAUGUCAUCACACCAACAAAGAAGCAGUCUAUAAUAACAUCAUGAGACGUUAUUUGAAACAGAAGUUGAAAAACAAACGUCUGGAAAAAGAAAACAAACCAGUGAUUCCCCUGCCUCAGAUAUUGGGCCUAACAGCUUCACCCGGUGUUGGAGGUGCCACAAAGCAAGCCAAGGCUGAAGAACACAUUUUAAAAAUAUGUGCCAAUCUUGAUGCAUUUACCAUUAAAACUGUUAAAGAAAACCUUGAGCAACUCAAAGACCAAAUAAAGGAGCCAUGCAAGAAGUUUGUAAUUGCAGAUGACACCAGAGAAGAUCCGUUUAAAGAGAAACUUGUAAAAAUAAUGACAAGCAUUCAAAAUCACUGCCAAAUGAGUCCAACAUCAGAUUUUGGAACUCAGCCUUAUGAGCAAUGGGCCAUUCAAAAGGAAAAAAAAGCUGCUAGAGAAGGAAAUCGCAAAGACCGUGUGUGUGCAGAACAUUUGAGGAAAUACAAUGAAGCCCUGCAAAUUAAUGACACCAUUAGGAUGAUCGAUGCGUACAAGCACCUUGAAACAUUCUAUAAUGAUGAGAAAGAGAAGAAGCUUGCAGUUGUGGAACACGACAGUGACACAAGUGUGGAUGAAGAUGAUUGUGAUGAUGAUGAAGAUGAGGGUGAUUUAAAAACACCUUUGAAGUUGAACGAGACUGAUAAAUUUCUCAUGACUUUAUUUUUUGAAAACAAAAAAACGUUGAAAAAACUAGCUGAAAACCCAGAACAUGAAAAUGAAAAGCUGACCAAAUUAAGAAACACCAUAUUGGAACAAUAUACCAGGACCGAGGAAUCUGCACGAGGAAUAAUUUUUACAAAAACACGACAGGGCGCAUAUGCCCUUUCCCAGUGGAUUUCUGAAAAUGAAAAAUUUGCUGAAGUAGGAGUGAAAGCCCACCAUCUGAUUGGCGCCGGCCACAGCAGUGAGUUCAAGCCUAUGACACAGAAUGAACAAAAAGAAGUCAUUAGUAAAUUUCGCACUGGAAAAAUAAAUCUGCUUAUCGCUACCACAGUGGCAGAGGAAGGUCUGGAUAUCAAAGAAUGUAACAUCGUUAUCCGUUAUGGCCUUGUCACUAAUGAAAUAGCCAUGGUCCAGGCCCGUGGUAGAGCCAGAGCAGAGGAGAGCACCUACAUUGUGGUUGCCCCCAGCGGUUCAGGAGUUCUUGAACGUGAGAUAGUUAAUGAUUUCCGGGAGAAAAUGAUGUAUAAAGCUAUACACUGCGUUCAAAAUAUGAAACCAGAGGCAUAUGCUCAUAAGAUUUUAGAAUUGCAGUUGCAAAGCAUAAUGGAAAAGAAAAUGAAAACCAAGAGAAAUAUUGCCAAGCAGUGCAAGGACAAUCCAUCAAUAAUAACUUUUCUCUGCAAGAACUGUAAUGUGUUAGCCUGCUCAGGGAAAGAUAUCUAUGUAAUUGAGAAGAUGCAUCAUGUCAAUAUGACAACAGAAUUCAAGAAACUCUAUGUUGUGACAGAAAACAAAACACUGCAGAAGAAGUUUGCUGACUAUCAAACAAAUGGAGAGAUCAUCUGCAAAUGUGGUCAAGCCUGGGGAACAAUGAUGGUCCAUAAAGGAUUAGAUCUGCCUUGUCUCAAAAUAAGGAAUUUUGUAGUGGGUUUCAAAAACAAUUCAUCAAAGAAACAAUACAAAAAGUGGGUUGAAUUGCCUAUCACAUUUCCUGAUCUUGACUACUCAGAAUAUUGUUUGCCUAGUGAUGAGGAUUAGCAUUUGAUUCUAGAUUCUUUUAAAACAUUAUCAAUUUAACAUUUAAUAUGAUUUUGAUUAAUGUUUUUAUUAUACUAAAGAUCUGAUGUGAGAAUUAAUAAAAUCAUCAUGCUUUCAUCUGCAUUGAGCCCUCCAAACAACACAACAUAUUAUGCUUGCAAUUUUUCAUCUUACUGGUUGACAGGAUAAAGAAAAUCUACCAAUAAUACUCAUUAGGAUAGAGCAUAUAGUACCAUUAGAACAGUACUGCAACAUAAAUGAGAACCCAAUGUGCCAAUGUCAGUUCUAUUACUAAUUUUCAGAAGAAAGUUAGACAAAACAGUUCUGAACCUUCCUCCUAUAUCACUGGAAUGUUUAUGAUAUACAUAAUUUGCUUUUUAUUUUAUUAGUUUCCUAUUGCUGCAUAAGAAAUCACACAAAUUUAGUGGUUUCAAACAACACCCAUUUACUGCAGUCCCUGUUCUAUUUUGUCAGAAGCCUGGGCAGUGUUCUCUGCCCAGGUUCUCACGAGGCUGAAAUUCAGGUGUCAGCCAGUCUGUGUUUUUAGCUGGCGGCACUGAGGGAAGAAUCCACUUCCAAGCUCAUGUAGAGUUGCUAGAAUUUGUUUCUCUGCAGAUUCUAACUGGGGUUUCUGGGUUAUUUUAUUUUAUUUUUUUAAUUUAUCUUUCUGAAUGUCCACUGGGACUUGCCCUUAUCUCCUAGGAACACCCUAAUCUUGUGACCUGCUCAAGGUCCCUUUCCAGCACUGACAUUGACCUUUUCAGAGCAGCAGGAGAAAUUCCCAAGUCUGCCAAGGUGGAGUCUUUGAUGUAACUUUCUGCCAAGGUGGAGCCUUUGAUGUAACUUAACUACAACAACAUGAGUAACUAUUCCAUCAUAUCUUUAGGUCCUGAUCAUACUCAGAUGACUGUUCAGGGGAUCACACCUGUGGGUAGGAAUAUGGGGACCCUAAUUAGAAUUUUUCCCCCCUCAUACCCUGUCCAGUCUCUGCCGUUAAUGGCAUAUAUGUCUGUGGGAAAGCACUUUGACAAUCAUAAAGCACCACAGAAAAAUCAGUGUUAUCAACAUCUUGCAUCUUGUUGUUUAAGGUUUACUUCUUCAGCCUUCUCCAAACUUCCUAAUAACAGGGUGAUGGAAAAAUUCAGACUGGUUAUUCAUGCCUAGGAGAUAACCUGUGUCCAUGGAGAGAGAAGCUCACCUUCCUGUCCAGAGUUCACCUAAGAUUUAGCAGGAAGCAAAUGCUAGGUACUACUUAAGAGUAAAGAGAAAAUGGCUUCCUCUGAUCCUCCCUAACUCCUGGCAGAAGAGUAAUCAGGCCAAGUGGUGACACCUUUAAUGUUUCUGAAUAAAGAAAGCACUAUCAUAUGGAGAUAAAUGCUGGGCCCAUGGUGGUCUGUACCACAGGACAUUCUCAUAUUAGAAAAGCAGCCUCUCUUGUCAUGAAGGAGCCACAGGAUUGAAAUAGAAACCAAAGCUGAACAUUUGAACUGACUGUUACCCAGUCUCAUAGAUGGCUUGCUCCAUGGAAACAGUUAUCUCAGUAACCAAGAUGCAGCACAGCAUUGGGGAAAAUGAAAAUUCUUCUGCCGCUUUGGUAGAUAGGUUGAAUUCAAUUUUAUAGAAGACUUGAAUCUUUUCUUGAUAAGAUCUCAGCAAAGAUGAAUAUUAAUUAAUCUGAGCUCUGGGAGUACAAGAGGACAAAAAUUGUGGUUUUCUUAAAAUACUUUUUAAAACUCUAACAGACUCCAUUUAAAGUAUUGCUGUCUUCUAGGAUGUUUUGGAAACUAUGCAAGAAACCAAAUGCAUAAAAAAGCUAAAUGUACUGCUGUAACAUAUGUAGACUGGUUUUGAAACAUCAACAAAUAUCAGGUUUUUCCAUCUAUGUUUUCUAUUAACUUUUUUUCAAUAAAAAGUGUUAUUUCUACUUUAA